AUGACCGACAUGCGGCAGAUCACGCGCGCCAAUAAGCACGCGUACUCGGCGCUGGACGACCGCGCACGGCGGAUUGCGUCGUCGCUUGAGCGCGAGGUCGCUGACCUUGACGUCGAGCGUGCCGUGGCCGCCGAAGCCGCCAUCCAGAGCUUCACCUCGACGCGUGUCCAGAGGCGCGACGCGCGGAGCGACACGAUUACGGUCCACGACUUUGACGCGCUCAGCAUCACCGCCACCACCAACUUGGCGUUUGAUGACGAUGCGGCACUUAGCGAUUGCACCAGCUCCAAGGCGGUCGCACUCGUCCCUAUCGCGUCAGUUGCCGACGGCCCUGCCAGCUCUCUGGCAGCCGUAGGCGCGUGUGCCGUGGCGGCAGUAGCAGCGCUCAAGACGGCGGCGUGGCUCGACGUGCCCUCGGCCGAGGCUGGCGGGUACAACACCCGUGGCCGGCGGGUGGUGCUGACAGGCACGGCAGCGGUGUCCAAGAUGUACUUGCUGGGGCGACAUGAGGUGACCAUGGACGGCGCGGUGGAGACGAUGCAUGCCGCGCUCCGGGACGAGUCAAUCGGCGUGCUCUCCGUUGCCAACCACAACUCGGUCCUCGACGACCCAGUCCUCAUCGCCGCCAUGAUCCCGCCCGACGUGCUGAGCGACCCGGCCAAGAUGCGGAUCGUGCUGUGCGCAGAGGAGAUUUGCUUUAAGCGAUCGCUGCUGGCGGCAUACUUUCAGCUCGGCAAUGCGCUGCCUGUCGUCCGCGGCGGCGGGCUCCGCCAGGCCUCGCUGCGGGUCGCGGCAGACGUGCUUGUCCGCGGCGGUUGGGUUCACAUCUUCCCGGAGGGCAAGGUGGUGCAGAACGUGCCGCUUGGCGAGCUGCGAUUCGGCGCAGCAGACAUCGCAGUCACUGCUGCAACCGCCGUUGCCGCCGCUGAAGACCACAGCCAAAAGCUCGUUGUCAUCCCGUACUACCACCGCGGCAUGCAGGUCGUCAAGCCGAUCGGGAAGCUGCCGGCGUGGACCGCCACGCGGGUCCAUGUCAUUGUAGGCGAGCCCAUUCCGCUCGCGCUCGAUGUCGACGACCCCCGCCCGCGCCGCGAGCGCGUCGCCGAGCUGAUGGCCGACAUCCAGCUCGCUCUUGACAGUCUCGCCAACCAGAUGGAGGCCGUCUAUCCGUUUGCUGAUGCUCAGGCUCAGAUGCCCAACUAAACAACACAAUGUGCU